CCUCCCCGCGCCAUGGACAACUCACCAACCUCCCUCUUCGACUCCUACGAGAAUGAGUUCACGCAGUUCAUCGACACCAUAAACGACAAGCUUGAGGAGGCGUCGAAGGAUGGGGAUGCGGAGGCCCGCCUCUCCACCCUUCGUCGCACCGCCAUGGACCUCGACGAGGCGGACGAGAUGCUCUCGCAGAUGCAGAUCGAGCUGCCCUCUAUUCCGCAAUCUCUCCGCGCGCCCUACCAGCAGCGUCUGGGUGCGGCUAAGAGCACGCUGGCCGGCGCGAAGCGGCGGUACAAGGAGAUCGAGGCGCGUGUCGCGCUGCUGGGCAGUCGCUCGCGAAGCGGAGGGGGCUUCGCGCGGACGUCGACAUCGGAUGAUCCGUAUGGGGACGUUUCGAGUGACCGCGCCCGAUUGCUCGCAGGGACGGCGAAGCUGGAUGAGGGGACGCGGCGGCUGGAGGAGUCGCAGCGGAUCGCGAUGGAGACGGAGCAGACUGGCGCGGAUAUCUUACUGAACCUGCGCGGGCAGAGGGAGCAGAUUGAGCAUGCGCGCGAUACGCUGGGCACAGCGGAGCGGCACAUCGACCGUGCGUCUGGCACGCUGAAGGGCAUGAUUCGCAGAAUGUAUCAACAACGCUUCAUUACCGCAGGCAUCAUCGGCGUCCUUCUCCUGCUCAUCGCCCUCAUCUUGUACUCGAAGCUCAGCUAGACGACGGCCUAUGCAUAGCUAGAGAUGACGUGCAUAGGCUGCGAGCGCCUAUGCAGGUUUGUGGAGCCACGCCGGAAUCCCACAAGGCCACCUUCAUGUAUUUUACUUCUUUCUUUGGAUAUAUUCACAGGCGACACCUAAGGACAAUGUCAUUCACUUUCACUACCUUC